GCUGACAAAUGGCCUAGAAAUAAACAGAAAUAACACCUGCGGCUCUCGACCGUUAACGGAACAGGAUCUGCUCGCCGUUUCCUAAAGUCUCUGUGUCUCGUGAGGAGCCAGGAAAACCCGCUCCAAAUGUCAACUUGCGCAGUGACAAACUUCAACAAUGGCUUGGAAGCCAGUUCAGACUCUGACGACGAGGACAAGCUACACAUUGUGGAGGACGACAGCCUGCAGGAGCCUGAGGUCGCCAAAGCUGAUGGGACCACGGCGCAGGACAGCCAUGAUGCCACCACAACAGUAUUACCCCACAAUGGCUCGUUGAACGGAGUGAAAGAGGAGUUUGUGUCAGAAGAGGAAGAGGAGGCAGUGAAGGAUACUCUAGUGGAGGAGAUUCUCCAGCAGGGAGACACUGCCAUCAUCUAUCCGGAAGCUCCUGAGGAUGAGCAGAGUCCAGCAGAGACAGGAGGCGCAGAUGAAAACGGCACGCCAGAUUCCUUCUCCCAGUUGCACACUUGCCCCUACUGCUCCCGGGGCUACAAGCGCAAUGCCUCGCUGAAGGAGCACAUCAAGUAUCGCCACGAGACCAGCGAGGACAACUACAGCUGCUCACACUGCAGCUACACCUUCACCUACCGCUCUCAGCUGGAGAGGCACAUGAGCCACCACAGGGGCACCAGGGAGCAGCGUCACGUUUCCCAGUCGACAGGAGGAGCAGGAGGAAUAGGUGGAACCCGCAAGUUCAAGUGUACCGAAUGUUCCAAGGCCUUCAAGUACAAGCACCACCUGAAGGAGCACCUGCGCAUUCACAGCGGUGAGAAACCGUAUGAAUGCUCAAACUGCAAGAAGCGAUUCUCCCACUCAGGCUCCUACAGCUCCCAUAUCAGCAGUAAGAAGUGUGUGGGUGCAGCACCUCCUAAUGGUGUCCCUCGAACGUCGAUGAAAUCCCCCCCACCCACCACCCAGACUACACCUGUUGUAAUUGCUCCGGCCCGUGUGAUUCUUAAAGAGAAGACUGAAAGCAAACCCCUCCAAGAGCAGCUCCCUGUCACCCAGAUCAAAUCUGAACCUGUGGAAUACGAGUGCAAGCCUGUGACGGCGGCACCGGCAACUUCAGCUGGUACCAACGGAGUGGUGAACGGAGGGACGGCACAGCCAGCUGGGGUUCCAGCUGCAACGCUGCCUCAGGGUGUGGCUAUGGUUGUACCAACAGUCGGCCUGAUGUCGCCCAUCAGCAUCAAUUUGAAUGACCUGCAGAAUGUGCUCAAGGUGGCGAUGGACGGAAACAUACUUAGGCAGGUGCUGGGUACAGCUAACGGGGUGGUGACACAGGGGAAGCAGGGAAUUGUAGUCCAGCAGCCCCAGCAGCAGAUCAUCAGCCUGCCGGCCUUUGUGGAUCAUGACGGCACCACAAAGAUCAUCAUCAACUACAGCAUCAGCCCUGCAGCCGCCACCACUGCCACUACCCAGCCUGCACCGCUUGUUGCCAAAAACAAUCCUCCUCUUCCUCCCACUGUCACCACUGCUGCAGACCCCACCCCAACAGAUAGAACCCCAACACCAGAGGCUGCCGACCUCACCAUUGUAAAGGCAGAGCCAGAAUCGGUGCCCAUCAUGGAGACAGAGGCGGUCACACAGACAGAAUCUGUUAAGACUUCUGACGCCCAAACAGCUCAGAUGCCAAAAGUCAGCAGCACCAGUACAUGUUUACUAUGCGACGACUGUCCCGACAACCUAGAGGCGUUACACCUCCUCCAGCACCGGAAAGCAGCCAAUGGGGAGGCAGUUGACUCUGCCGCUUUGGACCCCUCGUUCGCUGCUCUGCUAAACGAGGCGGGGGUGACGCUGGAGGAGCCACCUGUGGACGAUCUCCUCUCACUCCUCAAGACCUACUUUGCCUCCAAUGCCAACCCCAGCGAGGCGGAGCUGACAAAGAUCUCCGAGUCUGUGAGUAUUCCCGUGGAUGUGGUCAGAAAGUGGUUUGCCAAAAUGAACUCUGGGAAAAAUGUGGGCAAAUGCCGCAAAAAAGCAGUUUCCAAAAAGACUGAAACCACAAAUUCCAGCUCAAAGAAUACUUCAAAUCAGAAUGGAGAGGCAGUGGAAGACAGCAUUAAAGAUACAUCCAACAAAGCUUCAUCAGAAUCUGGCAGCGCUUCUCCGUCAGACUGUUCACCACUAAGCCCCAACACAGAGGACCUCAUCAUUGUUAAAAGUGAGCCAGAUGAUCCAGAGGCCUCAGACUCCCAGGCAGAGCCGCUUGACCUCUCCCUUCCUAAACAUAUUGCGGCGGCAUUGAAAACAAUAACCACGCCUCCCGCCAAGCAGCAGGAACAGCCUCUAAACUUAACCUGCCUGAGGAAGGAGCAGCUGGAGGGUAGAACCAUCUACGUCACCACGCCUCAGACCGGAAGAUCUGUUAACAUUGUCACUGCCGCACAGCUGCCCACAUUAGUGGCCAUCGCUGGUCAGGGCACAAUGAGCUGUCUCAGCGCCAUCAACACAACAACGAAGCGCACCAUUCUCAUCCCCCAGCUCACCUACACCUACGCCACUACAGCCGGCAACGCCACUGGAGCAAAGACUGUCGUGCUGAACGGCCAUAAGGAGACGAGGCUGGACAGCAACUCUGACGGUGUUUCCACAGUGGAGGAGCAGAAUGACUCUGAUUCAGCCUCACUGAUUAAGAAGCGACGACUGGAAAACGGCGUCUACCCAUGUGAUCUUUGCUCCAAAGUCUUCCAGAAGGGCAGCUCCCUGCUCAGGCACAAAUAUGAACAUACAGGAAAACGGCCCCACGAGUGCAACACCUGCAAGAAGGCAUUCAAACACAAACACCACCUGAUCGAACACUCGAGGCUGCACUCCGGUGAAAAACCCUACCAGUGUGAUAAGUGCGGGAAGCGUUUCUCUCACUCCGGCUCAUACUCCCAGCACAUGAACCACCGCUACUCCUACUGCAAGAAGGACGGGCCAAACUCAGGCUCCGGCUCAGGGCCACGCAGGGCUCAGUCUGAGCUCGGCAGCCCUGGUCCUGGACCGCAUUCGGACAGUCGGACCACGACCCCACCCUCCCAACUGGACUCAGAUGAGAGGGAGAGCGAGGAAGAGGAGGAUGAAGACGAUGAGGCUAUGUGUAUGGACGACAUCCGGGUUGUGCAGGUAGACGAUGGCGAGUGCGAGAUCUACGAGGGUAACUUUGAUGAUGACGAUGAGGACGGAGAGGAGGUGGUGGAGGAAGAGACAACAGGAGAGGGAGAGGCGGUAAGCGAGAAGGUGGACGAUGAGGUAGUUUGUGAUGUGUUGGAGGUCGAACUGGGGGAUGAUCACAUGGAGGAUGACGAGAUAGAGGAAACAACUGAAGAAAAGGAGGACGGAGAGAUGGAGGAAACAACUGAAGAAAAGGAGGACAGAGAGAUGGAGGAAACAACUGAAGAAAAGGAGGACAGAGAGAUAGGAGAAACAGCUGAAGAAAAGGAGGACGGAGAGAUGGAGGAAACAACUGAAGAAAAGGAGGACGGAGAGAUAGGGGAAACAGCUGAAGAAAAGGAGGACGGAGAGAUGGAGGAAACAACUGAAGAAAAGGAGGAUGAAGAGAUGGAGGAAACAACUGAAGAAAAGGAGGACGAAGAGAUACGGGAAACAAAUGAAGAAAAGGAGGACGAAGAGAUAGGGGAAACAACUGAAGAAAAGGAGGACGAAGAGAUAGGGGAAACAAAUGAAGAAAAGGAGGACGAAGAGAUAGGGGAAACAACUGAAGAAAAGGAGGAAGCAGCAAAUGUGGAUACAGAGGGAGUGGCAGACUGUGAAGAAAAUACGGACAAAUGCAUCAGGGAGGGGUCAGACAGCACUGAACCCACAGAGGAAGUGAUGACAAACGCCAAAUAAAAGAAGGAAAAUCUCUUCGGGACAGUUUUAAGGUGUUGGUCAAAGUCGAGUUAAUUAAGACAAAACCGCUGAAAAGUUGAGCAAGUCACGGCGGUUGCCUGAUCUUAACGGUCCACUACUGUGUACAAAAACCCAGGUGUGCCUGAACUUGAAAAAAGAAAAAACAAAAACAUAACAGUGACUUUUUUUCUUGUGAAAUUGAAUUAUCAGUGUUAAAAAUUGUUUAUAGAAGUACAGAUUUUAAAGCAGAACUCACCCAUCAACUUGUUACUGAGACAUCCCAGGUUGUUUUAUUAUUUGUUUUCAUUUGGUCAGUGUUACUAAUCUUAUUCUUGUUUGAAAACAUUUUAACCUGUAAAGAUGAGAAAGAUUUCUAUACCUUUUUAUUGCCAAUGAAGUUUCCUAAAUCAGUAUUUUAUUGAGUUCUACGAACAAAAACCUCUGCACUACAGUAUUCCUGGUUUACCUAUGGAUACAUGCCUCAUGCAUUGUAUGCCCUUCAGUGUUAUAUACGUACACUAGCUAGCGAGAUGUUGUUCGUGUUAGUGUUAGUCUUUGCUAGCUAGCAUUACUUUUGUUUUCAGUUUGACUGUUAGCCUUAAAGAAAUCAAAGUAUUCUUGGGGAGGGUUGUGGGCGGGAUGGGGAGUCCGGGAUGAGAACGUGGCUUCUUUAUGCCAUAACCAAAUUUGUCCUAUCAGGGAAGGUAGAGUCACAACCUCAAAGCCAGCAUCAGGCGCCUCUGUUUUAUAACCCGGCGUAGCCUGUACCGGUGGAGUCUCCAGAUGAAGAUUCAAAAGCAGACUCCACCACGCCUGGCUCAGCUGUGGUUCUAAAACACGUGCGCCCAUUCUUACCAAGCUUCUCCUUAUUUUGGUUGACUUUAGUUCUGAGUUAGUGUUUCAGUGUUAUUAGCUUAUAUAUGAAGUCAUACUGUAUGUGAAGGAACGGGGCCGAUUCCUGCUCCACCCCAAUGCCUCCAGCCUUAUGCAAGACCUGUGUGCUGUUAAAAGUGCCAUUGAACAGUGUUAUCAUUUCUUCUUCACACAUGUAGCCAGUGUUAUGUCCCUCUGUUACUAACACAAGACCCAUAUUGACUAAUGUUUGUGGACUUGCACAGAACAGCAACUCUGUCACAAUACCUGAAAGACACUUCCUAUGUUUUAAUUAUUUUGGAAUAUUUUCAAAGCCUUUAAAAGUGUUUGGACAACACGUGAAAGCUGGGAAAUACAGUAUUAGGGCAUCAACUAUUAAUUAUUUUCAUUAUUGGUUAAUCUGAUGACCAUCUUUUUUUAUUAAAUCGAUUGUUUGGUCUAUAAAAUGGCAGAUAAUAAUGAAAUGUUUAUUUCAUUUGUUCAGCGGCCAAGAUGGCGCCUUUAAAUGUCUUGUUUUGUCUGAACUUAAAUCUGAGACCCAAAGACUAGUUUACAUUAUUAUUUUUUAAAUAUUAUUAGUUUGCAAUUACAUAAAACAGAAAAGCAGCAAAUCAUCACGCAGGAAAAGCUGGAAACAAAAAAUGUUUGGGAUUUUUGCUUGAAAAAUUACUGAAACAAUCAGUUAUCAAAAAAGCUGCUGCUUGUUUUUCCCAAACUAACUAAUCAAUUAAUUAAUUAAGUAAUUCAGCUGUACAUAUACAUUUAAUUGCACAUUUUAAAAAACUUCAAUACUUGCUGAUGAGGAAUCAUUUUCAGUUGCUGAACAGUGUCCAAAUUCUUCAAAUUGUAGUUCUAAAGUCAAACAUUUUGAAGUGGAGAAAUACAGUCCAGACUGAGCUUACCUGUGGAUAUAAAAUGCCUUGUAAAUGUGAGAUAAUCAGUUUCCCCGCUGAUGUUAAAUGUUAAUAUGUUGAACUUUAUAUCACAAGUCAAAGUUUUAAAAAUGUUUACAGAAGUGCUUAUAAACAGAAAAUGCUCUGUUGAGGCAGUUUGAAAUAUUUGAAGCUAAAGAUAUGCAGGAGAUGUUAGAACUGCAACUUGACCUUCUGCUCCACCAGGUUGGCUCAGGAAGAAAUAAAAAAAAAAAGAAAAACCAAGAUCACUUUCAAGUAAAAUAGAGACAAAAUGAUUUUAUAGUAAAAUUAUAAAUUAAUUCAAACUUGUGCACUUGUUUUCAGAUAGUUAAAACAAAUGGUGGCAAGCUGUCCCACACUUCAGGUAACAAACGUUAGUGAAUGUGGUCUCUGUUGAAGUGUUUUCAGUUGGUUUUACCGAACAGUGUUUAAAGUAUUAGUCUGUUUUAUUUUUGUUUGUUUGUUUUUGUCCUCUAUGUUUUUUCAACAAUGGCAGUAUUAGAACCCUUUUCACAGAUUAAAAAAAAAUACCUGUUUAGUUUUUAGAAGACUUUUUUAUAUUUAUGUGUCUUAUUUUUAUAUUUUCUUUUAUGGUUAUUUAUUACACAUUGUAGUGUACAUUACUGUAGUUUGAAUUGAUACAAUAAUAUAUUUUAGUAUGAAAAAUAAUCUGAAGACAAACAAAAAACCCAAAAUGUGGUUCUGGGAGCUGAAGUUUGUUUUAACAAAAAAAAACAAAAAGAUAAAACAUGUAUUCUGUAAACAUGACUUCUGUUUUAAGCUAAAAAAUGAAAAAAAAGACAGGAAUGAAGUGAGAAAUAGAAACUGUUACAUGUGCAUCCGCUCUUUGCGUCGUUAUCAAGCUACUGAAUUCUAAAACUCUGUGAUUUUAAAAGCAUGAGUCGUCGCCGUUUUAAUGAAGGAUCUUGUUAUGAAGCCGUUACUCCUCCCUUUUUAUUUCAAAGCCAAAUUUAGAUCGUCCUGCCACCGUUUUCUGUUCUGUGCCAACUUGUUCCAUUGUACUGUCGAAGGCUGCAUAUCUGUCAUAACCCUUUGUAAAUCCACUGUCUUUUUGUAUUGUUUUUAUUUUAGUUUUGCUCCAUUUUUAUGACUCCCCAUCACAAUAAAAUAUAAGACAGCA